GUUCACUCUCAUUAUUACAUGAUUCCAGUCGCUAACAGAGACCCAGGGCUGUGAGUGAAGAUGUCACUGGCAAACACGGACACAGAGCGGGGGAUCUCUGGUGCCGAGUCUGAGUCCCCUUUCUCGGAGGUAAUUGAACUGAAUGUAGGGGGACAGGUGUAUGUGACACGGCACAUAACUUUGGUCGCUGUCCCAGACUCGCUCCUCUGGACCAUGUUCAGCAAGAAGACUCCAAAGGACCUGGUGCGCGACAACAAAGGGCGCUACUUCUUGGACAGGGACGGAUUCUUGUUUCGUUAUAUUUUAGACUACCUACGGGACCUCAACCUGGUACUGCCUGAUUAUUUCCCCGAGCAAAGCCGGCUGCAGAGAGAGGCUGAGUUUUUCCAGUUGCGGGACCUGUCCACGAGCAUCAGCCCCAGGAUGCGCAAAGAUAACUUCAUCAGUGAUGAUAUUUGCCAGAGCGAGACCGAGGAGGGUGCGCUCCAGUGCGGCAUAGGGUCCUUCAGCGGAAUGGAAACUUUGCGCAUGAUGUCCGCAAUGAGCAGCGCCCGCUCCCCGUCUCGCGAGUCCAGAAAGUCAGGGUACAUCACAAUUGGAUACCGGGGAUCGUAUAGUAUCGGUAGAGAUAUCCAAACCGACGCUAAGUUCAGGAGAGUGGCGCGCAUCACGGUGUGUGGGAAAACGUCCCUUGCCAAAGAGGUGUUCUCGGACACUUUGAAUGAGAGCAGGGACCCCGAUCGGCCACCGGAGAGGUACACGUCCCGUUACUACCUGAAAUUCAAUUUCCUUGAGCAGGCGUUUGACAAGCUGACGGAGGUUGGCUUUCACAUGGUGGCUUGUAGCUCCACAGGCACGUGCGCCUACACUAACAAUGAUCCAAACGAGGAUACAAUCUGGACGAGUUAUAUGGAGUAUGUGUUUUGUCGGGACUAAAAUGUUGAUAUGAUCCCACCCCAGUAGCCGCUAUGACUUUGAUGUUUACUGACAAUUUUUUUGGUUUAGCCUACUGGUGUAAAUAGGCAUCACUCACGCACGCACGCACACACACACACACACACACACACACACACACACACACACACACACACACACACACACACACACACACUCUCUCCUUCCUGCCUGCCUUCCAGUUAUUUCACAGAUCAGUUAUUAUGCCAGUUAGUGGCAAUGAGCCAAUCUUCAGUAUUGUUUACUGAAUCCAGUCCUGUUAAAAAUAAAUUGAUAGAUGAUUCAUGUAAGAGAUCAUUCUGAAUGUCCAAGAAUAAUAGACAUAAAUGUAGUUGUACUUUAUUUUGUAUACUAGACAGUGGCGACCCGUCAUUCAGGGCAGGUGGGGCAGAGCUUGUUAGCAUGUUAUUUUGGCAUUAAUGCGUGUCACAUAUCAGUUUGAAAACAAUGUAAAAAAAAAGAUAUAAAAAUAAUAGAGUUAAUAAAGCCGCAUACAAACAUGGUCUCUUUUUUUGCUUUCUUGAGUAAGGCAGCUGCAAAAUGCAGGUGUUUCAGCCUAGCUCAGCGCUUUCUGUGGUGGUGGGGCAGCCAGCAGAAAAUACAGCUCGCAGGGGUUGGUAAUGUUCUCCAACUGUGAUUGGCUCAGUGUUCUGUCACUCAUGGGUUCACUACCUCACCGCAAAAUCUACAGGGAGAGCUCAAAAAUUCAUUGCCCUUGGGUGUUGCCAUAGAUUUAUAUUAGAAGUGCCCAUCCAAGAAGGCUCAAGGUCAUUGGCCACAGAUAAAAUGAUGUCAAAUCACAUUAUAUCUACCCUAACUUUGAUUGGACUGAUCAUGUCAACAUCAUACAGAAGAACCAUAUCUCCACCUUAAAACAAUCCUUGCUGCUUUGUUCUGUGCAUUAUGCAGCCUUCUAACUUCACUUGAUGAUGCAUUUCCCCAGACCACAGAGCAGUAGUUCACCUGACUCUCAAUUAAUGCUUGUGUUAUUUGCUGAAUCAUUUUUCCUGGUAAAUAUUUAGCUAUCCUUCUGAUUAUGCAUGCUGUUUUAAUAAUUUUUUUUACAUAGAUUAGUUAUUUGAGACGACCAUGAUAAGCAGUUGUCUAGCUGCACUCCCAAUAGUUUGGUUUCUGCCACUUCUUCAAUUUGUACUCCUCCCAUACUUAAUUGUAUCCCAUGCUGUUUUGGCCUUUUCCUAGUUGAACAGACCAACAUAACUCUGGUUUUCUUGGUGUUUAAAACAAGUUUGUUUUGGCAAACCCACUCCCUGAUAUUCUCCAAAUCUCCUUGUAAAGCUUGCUGUACCUGUUGAACCGAUUGUCUUGCUGCAUAAAUUGUAGUAUCAUCUGCAAAUAUAGUAGCUUGAGUUUCAGCUAAGGCAUAGGGAAGGUCGUUGGUAUAUAUUAAAUAAAGAAGUGGCCUAAGGCAGCUGCCCUGCGGUAUUCCACAGUUUAACACAUGAGGGGAAGAAAAUUAACCAUUGAUAUAGGUGGACUGUUUCCUGUCAGUUAGAGUUGACUGUACCCAAUUCAAUGCUACCUCCUUAAAACCAUAAUGCAUUAAUUUUGUCAAAAGUAUUUCAUGAUCCACUAAAUCAAAUGCUGCAUUGAAAUCUAAAAAUAGUAUACCCACAAACUUGCCACUAUCCAUAGCAUUGAGUCACUGGUCAGUCAUGUCAACCAAUGCAGUGGUAGUGGAAUGGUUUUUGUGAUAAGCAUGCUGAUUGGCUGUAAUCAGAUCAUUAUUUUCCAUGUACUCCCACAUUUGUCUACUCACAAUACCCUCCAAUAUCUUACUGAGUGUAGGGAGUAGACUAAUUGGUCGACUAUUGGCAGGAGUAAUGUUUUUUUUGCGGUUUUUCGGAAUAGGACACAGUUUCGCAUGCUUCCAUACAUUUGCAAACAUCCCCUUUUCCAGUGACCAAUUAAAUAUGUAUCUCAGUGGAACUGCAAUCUGGGGAGCAGCACCAUGAAGCAAAAAAUUGUCCACAAGACCAUAACCUGUAGAUUUACCUUCAGGUAAUGACUUCAAUAGGUUUAACACCUCCUCCACUGACACCGUUUGCAGACUAAAAGAGCAGAUCUUGUUGCUCAUAAUAUGAUCAUCAAUCCAUUGGACAAUAGUUUGUUUGGAAGAAUGUAUGUUUACAUUGUUGCUCAGUAAUUACAUUUUCUUUGUAAAAAAAAUCUGCAAAAUGAUUGGCAAUAUCAACCGAUUUUUUUUAUUAUUCUCCCGUCAACCUCCACACUAGAUGGGCAUGAUGAGAUAGAUGUACCAAGUAAGCCCUUAACUGUGUUCCAUACCUUUUUAGAAUCAUUUUUACAAUCAAUAAAAGC